AUGGCCGCUGGCCAUGGUCAAGCCGCACCUUCGACCAAGAACCAACUCGGCGAGACGCGAAAAGUGUCAAACGAAGAGAGCGGAGUCGAUGUCGACGAGUCCGAUGCCAUUCUGUUGGCCAUGGGCUACAAGCCCGAGAUGGCACGCAACCGAUCAACCCUUCAAGUCGCCUUCAUGUCUUUCGUCCUUGCCUCGAUUCCCUACGGUCUCGCGACAACUUUCUACUAUCCUCUUGUAGGUGGUGGCCCGGCAAACAUUAUCUGGGGAUGGAUCAUGGUCAGUUUGAUCAUUAUCUGUGUCGCUGCAAGUCUGGGUGAGAUUACUUCGGUCUACCCGACGGCUGGUGGCGUCUACUACCAGACAUUCAUGUUGGCGCCAGCCAAGUACAAGAGAGUCUUGUCGUGGAUCUGCGGUUGGGCAUAUGUCGUUGGAAACAUCACGAUUACUCUGGCUGUCAACUUCGGUUCUGCACUGUUUAUCAUCUCGUGUGUGAAUGUCUUCGAGUCGUCGCCUGGUGUCGGCAUAUGGGACGCCAGCAACUGGGAAACAUUUUUGGUCUUUGUUGCCAUUACCCUUUUCUGCAACCUUGUCUCUUCGUUGGGAAACAGAUGGUUGGCUCUAGUUGAUACUUUUGCCAUCUUCUGGACUCUUGCUGGUGUUAUUGCCAUUCUCAUCACCACACUCGUGAUGGCCAAGGGUGGCCGACACUCUGGCAAGUACGUCUUUACUGACUUCGAGCCCCAGUCAGGAUGGCCCCGUGGAUGGUCCUUCUGUGUCGGUCUUCUGCAAGCAGCAUACGCAACCUCGUCGACUGGUAUGAUCAUUUCAAUGUGUGAAGAAGUUCAAGAGCCUGCAACUCAGGUCCCCAAGGCAAUGGUUGCGACCAUUAUUCUCAACCUUAUUGCUGGCCUCAUGUUCUUGCUUCCUCUUCUGUUCGUUAUUCCUGACCUCAGCAUGCUUGCUGCCCUCGCAUCAGGACAGCCCGUACCUACCAUCAUUGCCACUGCCGUCGGUUCACCUGGUGGCGCCAUUGGUUUGCUUCUUCCUCUUAUGGUUCUCGGUCUUAUCUGCGGUAUUGGAUGCACUACCGCAGCAUCACGCUGCGUCUGGGCCUUCUCCCGCGACGGUGCCAUUCCUGGUAGCAAAUGGUGGAAGCAGGUCAACAACACCACUGCUCUGGAAGGUGUGCCUCUUAACGCCAUGUUGCUCAGCAUGAUUGUGCAGAUUUUGCUCGGUGUCAUCUACUUUGGAUCGGUCGCCGCAUACAACGCCUUCUCUGGUGUUGGUGUUAUUUGCUUGACUGUGUCAUACGCCAUGCCCAUCGCUACCAGUCUCUUCACUGGUCGCAAGCAUGUUGAGGGUGCUCCCUUUGCUCUUGGACCUCUCGGACUGUUUUGCAACAUCGUCGCUCUCGCAUGGAGCUGUCUUGCUGUGCCAUUGUUCUGCAUGCCGACUACUGUGCCUGUCACCGCCACACUCAUGAACUACGCAUCAGUGGUCUUCGUCGCUUUCUUCUUGAUUGCAGGUGCAUGGUACUUCGUGUGGGGUAAGAAGAAUUACCAGGGACCCCCAACCCAUGAAGAUACCGCCCUGGAGACCAGGCGCAGUAUUUCUGAGGCAAGGAGGCAUUCGAAGGUGGCAUGA